CAAAAACUAUGGAGAACUUACUUCUGGACAAUAUUAAAAAACAAGCAUCUUGUUUUCUCAAUGAGAAGUACAAAGAUGCAAGGCUGGUCUUUACCGAUGUCACUCGAGCCGAACUUUUGGCUGAGGAAGCUACAAAUGAUGAUCCAAGCAGUCCCAAUGCUAGUACAAUGACUAGAAUUGCUGAUGCAUCUUUUCACUUUGAUGAUUAUUGGAGAAUUGCUGAUAUGAUUCAUAAGAGAUUGUAUAAUAUCGACUGGAAACAUUGGAGGCAAUCUUACAAAACCCUAGUGUUAUUGGAUUUCUUGCUGACUCAUGGUCCUGAACAAUUUGCUGAUGAAUUCAGAUCUGAUUAUGAUGUCAUCCAUGACCUUGGUGCAUUUCAAUACAAAGAUGAAAAAGGGUUUGAUUGGGGAAUGAACAUGAGAAAUAAAUCAGAUAGAAUAUUAGAACUUCUUCAAGGGGGAGAUGCCUUAAAACAAGCAAGGUUGAAGGCUCUAAAGAUCACUAGGGAAAUCCAUGGUUUUGGUAAUGACUCACCUUGCACAUUUUCGCCUUUCUCCGACGCAUCGAGAGCCUCGAGUUUCAGCUCAAGCGCUACCUCGAGUCCUGCAUGGAGCGAAAUGGGUGAAGGAUUGAAAGAAAGAAAACAAUCACACCUUUGGGAUUGCCCACCUUAUGUGGAAGAAGCUGGUUCUAGCUUGAUUGAUCAUGGAGAUGAAGGAAGUGGACUAGGAUCAGGAUCAAGACCAGGGUCUGCAGGGUCAGGAGGAUCAGGAUCAGGGUCUGGAUCAGGAGGAAAACCUUAUGGUUUGCUCAAUGGGAUUUGCUCUAAACUUGCUAGUAUGAGCCCUACUAAUAAACACAUCAAGUAUUGAGGGAUCUCUAUUUGAAAUGAUUUGUUUUUGUUUUAGCUUAAUUAAUU